AUGGCUUCUUCCGCUGCUUGGUUAACGUUCUUAGCUCUCUCUCUUCUCGCCUUCCCUUGCGCGAUGGCCAAGAAGACCUACAUUGUUCAAAUGAAAGAGCAAAGCGUCCCCGGCACAUUCAACACCAGCCUGGAUUGGUACAGCGCCAACCUCCAGUCUCUCGCCCCCGGUGUCGCCAAUAUCCUUUACGUCUACAGUGAGGCCUUCCAUGGCUACGCUGUGUCCCUCGAGCUGCAUCAAGCGGAGGCCCUCCGGUCGUCGGACACGGUGCUCGGGGUCUAUGAGGACAUCAUGUACCAUCUACAUACGACCCGGACGCCAAGCUUCUUGAAAGUGGAAGACGAAUUUGGGCUGUGGCCUGGCACGGGGAACCCUGCCAAGGAGACUGAUCAAACAUUUCCUGAAGUAAUCAUCGGCCUUAUUGAUACAGGGGUUUUUCCCGAGUCGAAGAGCUUUGAAGACUCAGGGUUCCCGGAGGUUCCGGCCCGGUGGAAGGGAAAAUGCGUGAAGGGACCGGAUUUCGAUCCUCAACUGUGCAACAAGAAGCUCAUCGGCGCUUAUUUUUACGCCAAAGGCUAUAUCGAGGCUUUAGAGGGUAACAUGACAGAGGUACAAACCCCCCGGGACCACGAUGGACAUGGGACGCACACGUCGAGCACCGCCGCAGGCUCCCCAGUGGCCAAUGCCAGCUUGCUCGGCAGCGCAAGAGGCAUCGCACGGGGCAUGGCUCCCCAUGCCCGGGUGGCCAGCUAUAAAGUAUGCUGGGUAAAUGGCUGCACAAGCUCCGACAUACUUGCCGCCAUGGACCAGGCCAUAAAGGACGGCGUCGACGUGAUCUCUCUUUCCCUUGGUGGAGGUGACGGGGCAUACUACGAGACCACCAUUGCUAUCGGAGCGUUCACAGCAAUGGAGAAGGGUAUUUUCGUCUCUGCCUCCGCCGGAAACGAAGGUCCUCAGCUAGGCACUCUCUCGAAUGGAGCCCCGUGGAUCAUGACCGUAGGAGCGUCUUCCCUGGACCGCAACUUCCCGGCCCAUGCAUUGCUUGGCAACAAGAUGCGGUUCGCUGGAGAAUCGAUGUGUGGUGGCCCAGGAAUGGGGAAGAAGCUGGUUGGCCUGGUCUACAACAAGGGAAACGAAAGCAGUUUGUGCUUGCCAGGCUCACUUGACCGCAGGGUGGUGCGCGGAAAGGUGGUGCUCUGCGACAGAGGGAUAAAUGCCCGCUUCGAGAAGGGCGUGGUGGUGCGUGAUGCCGGGGGAGUGGGAAUGAUACUGGUGAACACAGCCGAGGACGGUGAGGAGUUGCUGGCGGACUGCCACCUGAUACCGACCGUUCACCUUGGUGCAAAGGCAGGGAUAGUGAUUAGGGAAUAUGCCAAGACCGAUCGGAACCCUACUGCCCUGGUCAUUACCAGCGCACAGGAGGUCAAUGUCAGGCCGACGCCGGUGGUGGCCGCGUUCAGCUCAAGAGGGCCAUACUUCCAGUCCGUGCAGAUCUUGAAACCUGACGUGAUUGGCCCAGGUGUCAAUAUCCUGGCCUCUUGGCCGGAUUAUGUGAGCCCCACGGAAUUGCCUAUUGACAAAAGGAGUGUCCAGUUCAACAUCAUCUCAGGCACAUCCAUGUCUUGCCCACACGUCAGUGGCGUCGCCGCGCUGUUCAAAGCCGCCCACCCAACCUGGAGCACAAGCGCAAUCAAGUCGGCGCUCAUGACCACCGCCUACGCCCACGACAACACCCGGAAGCCCAUCACCGACGCAGCCGACGGAACCCCAACCUCCCCGUGGGGCCUCGGAGCGGGCCACAUCGACCCGAGGAAGGCCCUCUCGCCGGGCCUCGUCUACGACCUCACCGCCGACGACUACGUCGCCUUCGUCUGCUCCCUCAACUACACGAUCAAGCAAGUCCAGAGCACCGUGCGGCGGACGAACGUGACCUGCUCGACGAAACUCUCCGACCCGGGGCAGCUCAACUACCCGUCAUUCUCGGUCCUAUUCGGCCCCAACAGGAAGGUGGUCCGGUACUCGCGCGAGGUGACGAACGUGGGGGACGCCGGGUCGGUGUACAAGGUGGCGGUGCAGGCGCCAAGCACGGUCGCGGUGAGGGUGAAGCCGAGGAGGCUGGUGUUCGGGAAGGUGGGGGAGAAGCAGAGGUACACUGUGACGUUCGUGGCGCGGAACAAGACCGACGAGACCCACGGCGGGUCGAUCACGUGGAAGAACCGGCAGCAUCGCGUGAGGAGUCCGGUCGGGUUCUUGUGGGGAGAAUCGUGAACUUUGUAGAAGGUUUUAUGGGCGGGGAAGAAAAGCAGUUGUAUGUAGAUGCUGUAAAUUGGGUUGAAACAGAGGAACGUGUACAAUUGUGAUGGUGAUUCCACACUAGUGGAGAAAUGCAAUUCUAGAUUUCGAAUUA